CCGCCAAUAAACAGAAAAGAAGACGUCACACGUAUUCCAGUACUCAUCAGCUUAGUUAGUGUGUAUGAGCUAAAGAGACAGAAUGGGUAGAAGCUGCUUUGUAGAUGAGGCAGUGGAAAAAUAUCUUAGUGGUGUUCAGGCACCUCCUGGAUCAUGUGUCACUGGUCUUCUAAUUGGACAAUCCUCCCCUCAGAGAGAUUUUGUGGUGUUGGCUGUGAAGACUCCUCAAAGGGCAAAUGAAGGCCAACCGAAGGCUUCAAAAGGGGGCUGCCUACUGGAUGAAAUUGAUGUGAAGUGGGUGACAGAACAUGCCAGGCAGGUGUCCCGCAUGUUACCAGGAGGUCUCUGUGUUCUUGGCCUGUUUUUGGUAACCCCACCUGAACUCUCUAAAGAUGCCCAGAACUCUCUAAAAAGGCUUAUAUUUGCUUUGGAUAAAUACAUAACUAAAGGAAGACUCUGGGAUCUUUCAGAAGAGGAUGUGACUGAUCGAGUCACUCUGCACAUUUGCUCCACAACUAAAAAAGCUAUUUGCAGAACAUUUGAUGUGACAGAUCCAAAGAGUUCAGCUAAGCCAGCAGAUUGGAAGUAUCAGGCAGGUGUUUCUUCAUCCUGGCCCAUGUUGACCUGCUCUGUGGAGCUCGACCUGCAGAUCCCUGUUGCAGAAUCCUCCUUCGAUAACACAGAAAAGUGGAUGAAGGAUGGUCUUGGGAGAUGGGCUAAACAGAUUGAGGCUGGUCACUGUCUCAUAAAUGGCAGACAGUUAUCAGAUGACUCUGAACUUAUCUCAGGACAGAAAAAGAACCCAAAGAUUACCCAGCGUCAGACACUCCCAGCACGGAUCCUUGUUUCACAUGAGCAGCCAGAGGUAGAUGAGAGGUCCAGUGCUGUGGUUCAAAAGUGCAGUGGCUCAGUGAGUGUGAGAGGGAUUGUGCACUGCAGGGCCUACAUCCAGAACAACAAACCCAAAGCCAGACAUGCAGCACAGGCCAUUAAGAGAGACAUCAUAAAUACAGUUUCCUGCAGAGUGGAGAUGUUUCUAGAAGAUCUUUUAAUAAAUGAAGGGAGCCACAAAGGUCCAUGUAGUGGGCCGCAGGCUCUUCCGCGACGUGUGUUUUCCACAGUGCCUGGCUCUGGCCUGUCAGUGUGUGACUACAUGUUCCCAGAUGAAAGCACAGCUGAUGUAGCUGAGCGUCUAAAAGAGAUGCUGGACUGGGAACCACGGGAAGAGGACAUAGAUAUUAGUCUAGAGAACAGUCAAUUGUUUUCCUCGGUUUCUGAAUGGGAGAUAUCUGACAGCCCAUGUGAUGAAUCUAGUAAACAGGUCACAUCACAAGCCCAUGUUCCAAAUCCUAAAAGCCAGAAAGCCCCCCAAUACUAUGCAGGUGUGGCAGUAGCAGCAGUCAUUGCUGUCCUUGCCACAGCCACAUCCCUGCUUUAUUUUAGUGAAUAACAAUGGAAGCUGCAUGUACUGUAUGGAUGAGUGUAUAAGUGAGUGAUUGUGUUUGUUUGCAUAAUAUGA